GUUCCAUACCAGUCCGGAUGGACCACGUGCGUGCGGGUGGGUGCUCCCAGGGCGGGGCGGAGCGGAGCGGUGCAGUCAUCUCCAUCCUCUGCGUCCCGUCGAUACGCAGUGAUUUGGCCUUCUCGACGUGGCGAUAUAUACCAGACUUGAUCUUGUCCUCUCCGUGGUGAGGAGGGCGCGGGGAAGAGGGAGGAGAUGCGACGAGAUGGAGUGGUGGGCGGAGUGCGGAGUGCGGGUGUCGGGGACCGGCGGACAUUGAUUGACAUUGACAGGUCACAUCGGGAGAGAGAGAGAGGGCUGCGCCAGUUUGAGUUUCGUGCCUUCCUUUCCACUCAACCAGGUUGCCAGGCUAUCUGGUAGGUUCCGUUCCUUGCUCUGGCUGCCCUACCUCCUACACCUGCUCAUCUGCGCGCCCUUUUUGUUCCUUCCAUUCAAUUAAUCAAUUGCUUCCAUUGUUCUUGCUCUUGCUCUUGCUCCUGCUCCUGCUGCUGCUCCUGCUGCUUCUGUACUACCAAGGUACCUUCCAUGUAGGUAGUGGUCCCGUGGAAUCGGGUAAAUCGGCCAUGGGCAUCAACGGCCUCUGGGAUGUGCUGGGCCAAGGCGAAGAAUGGGCCAUUGCCGACUACGCCGCCGCGCAUUUUGCAAAACACCACCGACCGCUGCGCAUUGCCGUCGAUGAAGCCUGCUGGCGUUUCAAUAACCUGACCGAUGAACAGGUCCGCAAGAUUCGCGAGGGCGAGCCUGCUGCCAAUCCCGUCGAAAAGGUCAUCUUGUGGCGCAUCUUGCGAUACUGGCGAUUGAACAUCCAGCUGCUGUUCGUCACCGAUGGCUUGCGGAGGCCCGGCAAGAAGCGAUGGGGCAGGCCGGGCGGCCGCGGGGGAGGUGGGAUGCUCGAUGCCGAGUGUGUCAAAAUGCUGCACAAGAUGUUCGACAGCUUGAACGUCCCCUAUCACCGCGCACCGGGAGAGGCCGAAGCCGAGUGUGCGCGGCUCCAGCAACUCAAUGUCGUCGAUGCCGUAUGGUCCGACGACAGCGACUGCCUCAUGUUUGGCUGUACCACCUUGAUCAUGGCCCACCGAAGCUCGUCCGGCAAGAAGGACUGGGACCGCAUUCAGCUAUACCGCUCCGACAUUCUGCUCCCGCGCUUCGAUUUCGACACUGACAGUCUGGUCAUGUUUGCCGUGCUGGCGGGCGGAGACUACGACGACAAAGGUCUGCGCGGCUGCGGGCCCCAGACGGCUCGGAUGGUAGUGCAGAGAAAGCAUGGUCUUGCUCGAAGGCUCGUGGUGAGCGCGGAGAGGGCACAGCUUGAGUCGUGGCGGGACAUGCUGUCUGUCGUCCUCGCGAACUCCGGUAGUGGCCUCAGCAUCCCCGCCGACUUUCCCAACCUUAAGGCGCUGAACGGAUAUCGAAACCCUGUCGUCUCCCCCGAUGAGCAAUGUCGCAACCUGAGGCUUCUUCGCGGUGGCUGGGAGUGGCGCGAGAGGCAGAUGGACCAGUCGAAGCUUCGGGAUGUCCUACGUGAUCAUUACAACUUCUCGACACGUGAUUACCUCAAUCAUCUGGCCCCCGUGAUGUUGGCGCGAAAACUGAGUCGAGACGUCACGCCCGCCCGGCGUGAGGAGAAUCGCUCCUACGGUAUUCUACUGAGGCGUACUCGGAGCAGGAAAGCGAAAGAUGGCACCGAUCUCGGCGUGCCGGCACAGGUGAACAUCAAGUUCCAUGCUGCAUUGGUAGUCGACAUUGACCUUUCUACGGAGCCGCCCGGGGAAGACUGGAGCAGUACCGUGAAGAACGAUGGCGUCCCGUACGAUCCCACGAAGCCAUUGGACUCCGUCAUGCUGAGCUUUUUCCUCACGCACGGUCUUCCCGAAGGUGCUCUCGACAAAUCACAGCCCUCGCCGAACAAGAAGCAGCGUGAUGACGAUGAUGCUGCUGAGGAUCUGGAAACACCGACUCUCACUCCUCAUCAUGGCCCCCCGCAGAGCUCGAGAACGAGCAGCUCACGGAAGCCGAGGAAGCAGCCCACGUCGAUGGAUUCGGAGGCCAUGGGCAAUGUGGGCGACACGGAUCCCUCACGGCCUCUGACCAGCAAGAAGCGUAUACGGAAGACUACAGAUGGCACUAGGCAGGGCAAGCCUGUCAAGAAGUCACGAAAGUCCCAGACCAGUGAAGUCGCAGCGCCGCCGAGCCCGCCUGCACGUUUCCGCCGUCUCGAGACGCCCGACUUUGGAUCGCUCCGCACGAUCAACAUCAUAGAUCUCGAGGACGAUGAUGACUCCGACGAGGAGGAGAUUUCCAGUGUACAGGACACGAAGACUCCUCGUCCUUGCCAGUGGCACUCGUCUCUUGCACCGCAAAUGGUGGACGAGAGAGCCGCGGUGUCCGCUGCGAGUGCGUCCAGCUCCACAUCGACAUGCAUAAUCUCACACGCACGUGACGAUUCAGCGGGUGCUUCCACACUGCGACAGAAACGGGAACGGGGACUGCUGAGCAAGUUAUCUGCUGCGAAGGCGAGCAAUCCGUCUGCGAUGCGAGGCGCGUGUCCGCCACCGCACCAGGAGGUCAUUGUUCUGGAUUGAGCGCACACGCAUUUCACGCUUUCACAUCUUCUGGCCCGCGAUGGCGAUGCGGACUGAUCUGGAUUUGUGCCGAACAUUUGGGUGGGUGACAUGGCCCGCUCGGAUGUGCUCUAUUGUUGGUAGCGUAGAGAGAGUGUCUGACAUUCCGAAUCCCGAAAUAGCACAUGUGCGGUCCCACCGAUGUGCUGCAGGCCUGCAGCCGACUAGCGGGCCGAUGGGCACAUGAUGGACGCAGAUGCAGAGAGUUGGCCCCCUUUCCCCCUGUUCGUCUUGGUCCUCUGGGAGACUUUUGAGGGGAUGCGCCGUGCGGAAAUUGGCUUGGCGUGCAAGUGCUAAAGCCAGGCGGGAGAAGAGUCGGAGCAGAUCCAAUCAUCAGUCUCGGAUGACUGCCGCCAUGCCGUAUGCAGCAAUAGGGCCC